AUGAAUUCGUAUUUCGCAAACCCGUCGCUCUCCUGCCAUUUAUCCGGUGGUCAAGAUGUUUUGCCAAACGUGUCCCUAAAUUCCACAACUUAUGACACAGUGAGACAUUUUUCCUCGUAUGGGGCUGCUGUGAACCAGAAUCGGAUAUAUUCAAAUCCUUUCUAUUCACCCCAAGACAAUGUUGUUUUUGGGCCGAGCCGGGCAUCCUAUGAGUAUGGAUCUAAUGUGUUUCUUCAAGACAAGGAUGGGGGUCUUGCCAGUUGCAGACAAACAAGCAGAGGGCUGAAUGCACAAAGCCACAGUGCUCAGGAGUACAGCUUGGAUCACGCCAGAGGAGGAUCGCAGGAGCAGAAAGCUAACGUCCAGAUUUACCCGUGGAUGCAGCGAAUGAACUCUCACAGCGGAGUUGGAUUUGGGUCCGACAGACGCAGAGGACGCCAGAUAUACUCCCGUUACCAAACACUGGAACUGGAGAAGGAGUUCCAUUUCAACCGCUAUCUAACCAGACGUAGACGUAUCGAAAUAGCAAACGCUCUCUGUUUGACAGAACGUCAGAUCAAAAUUUGGUUCCAGAACCGUCGUAUGAAAUGGAAGAAAGAGAGCAUUCUAACGUCUACGGUGACAGGGAGUGAAUCAACAGGGACCUCCGUGGAGGAAGGAGACGGCGUGGAGAAGGAAGAGGGAAAAAAAUAAAAAAUAAAUUAAAGAAAGACAUUUAAAACGAAAUCAUGAAACUCUAAUUAAACUACCUAGCCAUUCAAGGACCAGAAACUCUAACGCAUGAUAUUAUUCUGCUAUUUGCCCACCCCCAUCUAUGUAUCGGUUUGGAUCACUUCAACCAAUUCACAUAGGUCAUUCAUAGGCAUGGUUUACAAACACAAUAUGCAUAAGCAUUCCAAAUGUGAAGGAAAUGCGAAGGCACACUUAUUUUGUUUUUGUUAAUAUAGGUAUU